AUGUCUGAUUCUCCACUUGUCAGGGACUGGAGUCUGGAUCAUGAAACAUCGGAGCCCUUUUUGAACCUAUUAAGGCUUGAGGUUAGGAAAAAAGAUGAUUGGUUAAAACACAGACUCUCAGAAGAAGACAUCAAGAGAUACCAAGCCAAUGGUUAUAUUAACCAUGUGCAAGUUUUGACUCAUGAACAGUGUGAUCUAUUGCUUCAAGAAUACAGAUGUUUCAUGGAAAAUGACUUGUGCCAAGAAAAAAUGGAAUUACUUUAUGAGUACCACAGGAAUCAGACUGGGGAUGAGAAUAAUGUCCUAAUGCAUGCACUGGGUCACUGGAGAGUGUCGCCUUUAUUCCAUGACUUGGUCUUUUUACCUUCUGUAGUGGUUAAAGUGUCACAGCUUCUAAAUCCAGGAACAUUAACUCCUGUUCGCUUUUGGCAUGAUCAACUUUUUGCAAAGCCAGCUAAGCAUGGAGGUGUUGUCGCUUGGCAUCAGGAUUAUUCUUAUUGGACUCGAACCAGGCCUAUGCAGCAUAUCACUGUUCAUAUUGCACUGGAAGAUCAAACAGAAGACAAUGGAACUAUACAGUAUAUUCCUGGUUCACACAGAUGGAAUAGGAAUGGUGAGCCUCUACCAAUUCUGGACUUUAACUUCAAAGAUAUGGAAAUCAUAAAGUCAAUCCUAACACCAGAAGAGUUGGAACAGUUUAAACCAGAGCCAGCGAAUUUACAUAAAGGAGAAGCUAGUUUCCAUCAUGCCUUGUCAGUCCAUGGCUCAUAUGAAAACAGAUCAGACCAACCCAGAAGAGCAGCAGUCUUAAAUUAUUUUGCAGAUGGGACAUUGAGUGAUGUCAAUACUGAACUGCUGAAAGGAAGUUUUAUACCCAAAGGUCAGAGAAUGUCUGGACAGUUGUAUCCACUAGUGUACAGUCCAGAAUGGUGAACUGCAUUUAUAUCAUGAUAUGGCUAGUUCCAGAACUACUAACACCUAGCUCAUUUAAAAUACAUUAAAAAUCAAAGAAUAUUUAUUUAGUUGUCUGAAAAUAGGCUAUUUGAGAGGGGAGACAAUAUGGUUGUUACUAUUUUUAGAAUUCCAUUUGAAUGGCUUCAAAUAAGCUGUUUCAAUUGUUCACUACUGUUUUCAAUGUCAUUAUUCAUGUCAUUUACCAAAAAAAAAUAAUUUAAAGGUCGAGUGUUUUAGCCUACAUUUGUUAAUGCUCUUUUUGUACAGGCUCUAUUAAUUCAAUGGUUAAUUCAUUAUUUUCCUGUUUAAGGUACAUGUCUACCAUAAGAGUAAAAAAAAUGCAUG